ACUUGUCGGUGUGCCCAGCAGGUGGGCGUUGAGCGUUCUUGGUGUGGAGUAGACUUGGGCGUAGAGGCGGGUGGAAGAUGUUUGAAUCCCCGAGAUUGCUGGGAAGGGCUCGGUGAAGUAGGAGACAGGCUUCUGUGGCUUCUUAGGUGAGCCCCGUAUUAUUGAAUAUCGGCGUGUUUGGAUCCCCGAGAUCCUGAUGGAUGGUGGCUGGGGAGCUUGAGUCCUGGAGGCGUCCUGAAGUUCAGAGGAGCAGUGACUCUGAAGUCAGAGAGGGCGGAGCCUCUGCACUGGCUUCCUAAGGGUCUCGGCUGCCGCUGCUUGCUGGUCAGCUGCCCGAGGGGCAACUGUACACAGAGACGAAUAGAAACUGGGAAGGAGGCUGCGGGGAGGGGGUGCCCACAGGCCCAACUGGAGGCUGUGACAACCUGCUGGUUGUGGACCCGAGCCCUUGGAAUUCACGCAGGUGCCAGGGUUGGAGCCUUUCCUGCCGAGGCGCUUUAGCAGCCCCUCCCCUCCUGAAGGAUGCUCGAGGCCCGCCCCCCCCUGGACGCAGGGGAGUGACGCUGCGGGUGCUGCUGCCGCCGCCCGUGUGCCGCUGGAGGGGCGGGGGCUGCGGGGAGCACUGCUUCCCUCCCUGCCCCAACGGUGGGACUUGGGGUCCGAUGGGGGAGAGAUCUGCUUACCAGCGCCUGGCUGGGGGCGAGGAGGGACCGCAGAGGCUGGGGAACAGCAGCAUGCAGCCGGAGGAGGGCACGGGCUGGCUGUUGGAGCUGCUGUCCGAGGUGCAGCUACAGCAGUAUUUCCUGAGGCUCCGUGAUGACCUCAACAUCACCCGCCUAUCCCACUUUGAGUAUGUCAAGAACGAAGAUCUGGAAAAGAUUGGCAUGGGCCGGCCUGGUCAGAGGCGUCUGUGGGAGGCUGUGAAGAGGAGGAAGGCCGUGUGCAAACGCAAGUCGUGGAUGAGCAAGGUGUUCAGUGGAAAGCGGCUGGAGGCUGAGUUCCCGCCCCAUCCGUCCCAGAGCACCUUCCGGAAGCCCUCACCCACCCCAGGGGGCCUGGCAGGGGAGGGGACCCUGCAGAGCCUCACCUGCCUCAUCAGUGAGAAGGACCUGCGCCUCCUGGAGAAGCUGGGAGACGGCUCCUUUGGCGUGGUGCGCAGGGGCGAAUGGGAUGCUCCUGCAGGGAGGACGGUGAGCGUGGCGGUGAAGUGCCUGAAGCCCGAUGUGCUGAGCCAGCCAGAGGCCAUGGACGACUUCAUCCGGGAGGUCAAUGCCAUGCAUACACUUGACCACCGGAACCUCAUUCGCCUGUACGGUGUGGUGCUCACACCGCCCAUGAAGAUGGUGACAGAACUGGCACCUCUGGGAUCUCUGUUGGACCGACUACGGAAACACCAAGGCCAUUUCCUCUUGGGGACUCUGAGCCGCUACGCUGUGCAGGUGGCUGAGGGCAUGGGCUACCUGGAGUCCAAGCGCUUCAUUCACCGGGACCUAGCUGCUCGGAAUCUGCUGUUGGCUACCCGUGACCUGGUCAAGAUCGGGGACUUCGGACUAAUGCGGGCUCUGCCCCAGAAUGACGACCACUACGUCAUGCAGGAACAUCGCAAGGUGCCCUUUGCCUGGUGUGCCCCUGAGAGCCUGAAGACACGGACCUUCUCUCAUGCCAGUGACACCUGGAUGUUUGGGGUCACACUGUGGGAGAUGUUCACGUAUGGCCAGGAGCCCUGGAUUGGCCUCAACGGCAGCCAGAUCCUGCAUAAGAUUGACAAGGAAGGGGAGCGCCUGCCCCGACCUGAGGACUGCCCCCAGGACAUCUACAACGUCAUGGUCCAGUGCUGGGCCCACAAGCCAGAGGACAGACCCACGUUUGUGGCCCUUCGGGACUUCCUGCUGGAGGCUCAGCCUACUGACAUGCGGGCCCUUCAGGACUUUGAGGAGCCGGACAAGCUGCACAUCCAGAUGAAUGACGUCAUCACUGUCAUCGAGGGACGGGCUGAGAACUACUGGUGGCGUGGUCAGAACACCCGGACGCUGUGUGUGGGACCCUUCCCUCGAAAUGUGGUGACCUCCGUGGCCGGCCUGUCGGCCCAGGACAUCAGCCAGCCUCUACAGAACAGCUUCAUCCACACGGGGCAUGGCGACAGUGACCCCCGCCACUGCUGGGGAUUCCCUGACAGGAUUGAUGAACUGUAUCUGGGAAACCCCAUGGACCCUCCUGACCUGCUGAGUGUGGAACUGAGCACCUCCCGACCCGCCCAGCAUCUGGGAAGGGUGAAAAGGGAGCCUCCACCUCGCCCACCUCAGCCUGCCAUCUUCACUCAGAAGCCGACAUACGACCCUGUGAGUGAGGACCAAGACCCCCUGUCCAGCGACUUCAAGCGGCUGGGCCUGAGGAAGCCGGCCCUGCCCCGGGGGCUGUGGCUGGCGAAGCCCUCGGCCCGGGUGCCGGGCACCAAGGCAGCCCGCGGCGGCGGUGGGGGCGAGGUCACGCUCAUCGACUUCGGGGAGGAGCCCGCGGUCCCAGCCCCGCGGCCCUGUGCACCCUCCUUGGCACAGUUGGCCAUGGAUGCCUGCUCCCUGCUGGACAAGACACCCCCCCAGAGCCCGACACGGGCGCUGCCCCGGCCCUUACACCCCACGCCCGUGGUAGACUGGGACGCUCGCCCGCUGCCCCCGCCCCCUGCCUACGACGAGGUGGCCCAAGAUGAGGAUGACUUUGAGGUCUGCUCUAUCAACAGCACGCUCGUGGGUGCAGGGCUCCCUGCUGGGCCGAGCCAGGGCGAGACCAAUUACGCCUUUGUGCCCGAGCAGGCGCAGCUGCCCCCUGCCCUGGAGGACAACCUAUUCCUUCCACCGCAGGGUGGCGGCGCCAAGCCACCCAGCCUGGCCCAGACGGCGGAGAUUUUCCAGGCGCUGCAGCAGGAGUGUAUGCGGCAGCUCCAGGUCCCUGCUGGCCCGCUGACCCCCUCCCCGACCCCAGGAGGCGAUGACAAGCCCCAGGUGCCACCCCGGGUGCCUAUCCCCCCUCGGCCCACACGUCCACGUGUGGAGCUGUCUCCGGCUCCCCCGGGUGAGGAAGAGGCGAGCCGGUGGCCUGGACCUGCCUCCCCUCCCCGAGUGCCUCCCCGCGAACCCCUGUCCCCUCAAGGGUCAAGGACCCCGAGCCCCCUGGUGCCACCUGGCAGCUCUCCAUUACCACACCGGCUCUCCAGCUCACCCGGAAAGCCCAUGCCCACCACCCAGAGCUUCGCCUCGGACCCUAAGUACGCCACGCCACAAGUGAUCCAGGCGCCUGGCCCGCGGGCCGGCCCCUGUAUCCUGCCCAUUGUCCGCGACGGCAGGAAGGUCAGCAGUACUCACUACUACCUGCUGCCUGAGCGCCCUGCUUACCUGGAGCGCUAUCAGCGCUUCCUUCGGGAGGCCCAGAGCCCCGAAGAGCCAGCCCCCCUGCCUGUACCCCUCCUGCUGCCCCCACCCAGUACCCCAGCCCCCGCCGCCCCCACUGCCACCGUUCGACCUAUGCCUCAGGCUGCCCCAGACCCAAAGGCCAACUUCUCCACCAAUAACAGCAACCCAGGGGCUCGGCCACCAGCCCCGAGGGCCACUGCUCGGCUGCCACAGAGGGGCUGCCCAGGGGAUGGGCAAGAGGCUGCCCGGCCAGCAGACAAGAUCCAGAUGCUGCAGGCCAUGGUGCAUGGGGUGACCACAGAGGAGUGCCAGGCGGCCCUGCAGAGCCACAGCUGGAGUGUGCAGAGGGCUGCCCAGUAUCUGAAGGUGGAGCAGCUCUUUGGGCUGGGUCUCCGGCCACGGGUGGAGUGCCACAAAGUGCUGGAGAUGUUUGACUGGAACCUGGAGCAAGCUGGCUGCCACCUUCUGGGUUCCUGUGGCCCCGCCCACCACAAGUGA